AUGGCCGGCCUCUAUCCGCCCCAGGCUCGUUGGAAGUGGGACGAAGACCUCGGCUCCAGGUGGCAGCCCUUUCCGAUUCAGACUGUGCCGCAUGACUACGAUGGCAUGCUCAAUCCGGACUCGUACUGUAAGAGGGGCAAAGAGGAGAUUGAGAAGGUCUACAGCUCGCCACUGGUGAAGCAGUAUGUAAAGACGAUCCAGCCGACACUCGACUACGUCAAGGAUAACACCGGUCUGCCGGAGGUAGACAUCAUCAAGGCGGAGCAAGUCUUUGACUCGCUGCUCAUUGAGAAGGAGUACAACUUAAAGUUGCCUUCUUGGGUGGACCGGCACGUGUACACGCAGUUGCAGGAGAUCUCCGACAAGUCAUUCGUCUUCUCUGCCAUGAAUCGAGAAGUUCAGCGUCUUCGAACUGGUUUACUACUGAAGGAAAUGAUUGAAAACUUUGCUAAGCCUGACUUUGGCGGCAAACGCCUUUACGUCUACUCUACUCACGACACGCAACUCAGCGUUUUUCUCAGCGCCCUCGACGUGUACAAUGGCCUGGCACCGCCUUUCGGCUCAGCGGUGAUGCUGGAGAUUUACCAGAACCAAACGGACGAGCCGUACCUGCGAACGUUCUACCUGAACGACACCGCCUCCGAGCGACCCAUUGAGCUGGAGCUGAAGAGCUGUCCACAGACGUGGACCAACGGCGCGAAGAAGGCCGUCUGCACGCUGACCAGCUUCCAGCAGACGGUCGGUGAUCUCAUUCCCGGCGACUGGGAGGAGGAGUGCAGAAACGUGUCGGAGGUCAGCGCUGACGGUGAGUAG